AUGGUGGAAACAACCUCACCUCCUAGUGGAUUAACCAUAAAACGUUGUCCCUCCAGUCCUUUAAGUGAUCAUCAUCAUCAUAAUCUGCAGCAGCAACAACAACAACACCUCCAACAACAGCAACAAUUGCAGCAAUUACAUCAGCAACAUUUACACAACUCUAUGAGCAAUCAAAAUAAUACUACGCCCCGUCAAAGUCCUCACAGUCCCGCAACACCAAAUGCUGCUUAUCUAACCACCGCCAUGCUUUUAAAUUCUCAACAAUGUGGCUAUUUGGGACAACGUUUACAAUCGGUAUUCCAGCAGCAACAACAACAGCAGCAGCAACAUACCCAAUCUCAAACCCCCUCCUCGGAUGAUGGCUCACAAUCGGGUGCCACUAUAAUCGACGAUGAUCGCAUUACUUUAAGAGAAACAGCCGUCGGUUCGGCUACUGCCACAGCCGCCGCAGCUGCCUCUAUCUUUAGCAUCGACAGCAUUUUGGGUUCCCGUUCCGCUAAUCACAAUAACAAUAAUAGCAUUAACAAUAACAAUAUCAUCAAUUCAAAACGUUCCGAUUCCCCCACAUCACCCAGUUCAAAUUCUAGCUCGGCUGCCUCUAGUCCCUUACGGCCGCAACGUGUACCAGCCAUGUUGCAGCAUCCUGGUUUACAUUUGGGUCAUUUAGCUGCUGCUGCUGCUUCUGGUUUCGCUGCCUCACCUUCGGAUUUUUUAGUUGCUUAUCCCAAUUUCUAUCCCAACUAUAUGCAUGCCGCCGCUGUUGCCCACGUAGCAGCCGCACAAAUGCAAGCACAUGUUAGUGGUCACAGUUCCAGCCUCAAUCAUAAUCAUGCACAUGCUCAUCAUUUACAUCAUGGCCAUCAUGGUCAUCAUAUGGCAGGACAUUUGGGUCAUGGACCACCACCAAAAAGAAAGCGUCGUCAUCGUACAAUUUUCACCGAAGAACAAUUGGAACAAUUGGAGGCGACUUUCGAAAAGACACACUAUCCUGAUGUAGUGUUGCGUGAGCAAUUAGCUUUAAAAGUGGAUUUAAAGGAAGAAAGAGUAGAGGUUUGGUUUAAAAAUCGUCGUGCCAAGUGGCGUAAACAGAAACGUGAGGAACAGGAACGUUUACGUAAACUGCAAGAGGAACAAUGCGGCGGUAGUGCAAAUCCCAAUAGUAAUGUUAACAAUAAUACGGGUAUAGUCAAUCUUAAAUGUACACCCGAGGAUUUUGUUACACAACUGCAAAUUAAAUCGGAUCCCAACUAUAGUGAGGGAGAUGAAUCUGAUUGGAAGUAGCAUAAGA